AUGCUGUGGACCAUUCUUCUUGUUGGUCUCUCUUUGCCCCUUUUUGCUGUGGGUGAUGUGGCCAAGGACCGCGACGAGCGCCUGAAGACGGCUGUCAUCCUCGACACCCCCACUACAGGCGCCAGCACCACGCCAGAGGGUCGAACUUUUCUCAAAUUGGCUCGAGUCGACGACACAACAGGGUCACAGGUUGUGGAGGCUGUCGGUGAUGACUACACCCUGGUCCCAUAUCCCAACGAUGAAUGGAAUUCGUGGAAUGCCAGCACCGAUAGCGCCGCCGACUCGGAGAGAAAAUACGUGGCUACCAACGCCCAGCGUCUCAUCCCUUUCAACCUCACAGCCAACGAAGUGCAACGCAUCUAUUACCUUGGUGAUGUCACCACCAGGGACGGUUCCAUCAAUGACGUACGCUUCAACGGCAAGUACGCCUACCUCACCGAAUAUACUAUCGGGUCUAUUAUCGUGCUGGAUCUGGAGACCGGCGAUGCCCGCAUGGUUCUUCGGAAACACAAAUCAACCGUUGCCUUGAUGCCCCUGUCCGCAGAAGGACAUUUCCUCCGCGCUCAAUCAACAGGCGAAUGCCAAUACAUCCACGCUGAUCAAGAAGAAGUAUCGCCAGAUGGCAAGUACUUUUACUACCAACCGGCUAUUGGUUAUAUGUGGCGUAUCGAAACCAAGUACCUCAACGAUGCCCUGAAGAAUGAUACCACAGCAGAACUUCUUCCCAACUAUGUUGAGCCGUUCUCCCUGACGCCUAGUACUGGUGGCAGUGCCAGUGAUGCAGAGGGAAAUAUCUACUACAGCGACGGCGAUCGUCAGGAAAUACGCAUUAUCGCGCCAAACGGAACAACCACCUUGUUGGUGCGUGACGAGAGGUUGCUUUGGGUUGAUGCAAUCUGGCUCGACACCAAGCAGCGUCUGUGGCUAUGUGCAUCUCAGCUCAACCGCAGCAACCGUUUCGUGCAGCCUAACAACCAGACUAUAACCAUCGAGAAGCCAAUUUACGUCUUCAACAUUGACGUGGGUCACAGCCCAUCACCAUUGGAUCAUGCCUAG